AACUUUGAACGCUGCAUCACAGGCAUUGCCUCAGUUCCUUUGGAAGCGCACAGUGUUCCAUCUCACCUGUGUCUCAUCUUCACGAGUUGUGCUUCCACAUCAUGGGCGUGUACUCUUGGCGCAGACAUCCCAAAGCGUGCGGGUAACUGACGACAAUGUGGGGUCCUCGUGCUCCUUACCACGUUAUUAACCAUCAUCUGAAUGUACCUUUGAGACGAUGUCAUAGACAUGGUAAACUACUCACUCUCUUGAUCAAUAGUCUUUGAAAUUGAUCCUUCCUCUGGCCAAAACAUCAUCGUAAAUGGAAGCAGACAAUGAGAUAAUCAAGCUUGGGCCUCAAAACCUGCAAGCCUCGGUACGUACCUCCAUGUCCGGCACCGCGUUAUGUAUGCCUCAUCUCCACCUCACCUUCUCUUCGCACAUCAUGGCCUUCAAUAUUCGUGAUACAACGUAGGGUAGAACAGAUAGCAAAUAGUUUGAUACUACAUUACACCGCAUUGCACUUCAACACAUCCCCGACCCGACCCGAAAGGCACCUGUAGCACAAAUGCAGCAGGUCUGAUACUACUUAUUUAUAAAUCUCGUUUGAAUGACUCGUGUUCCCUCAACACCAUCAUCUUCCAUGACUGGCACAGAAGCUACUGCCAUUGCGAAGCUGUGAGCCACCGCCAAAACCCAAUUUAUCCGGACAUGAACAUGGCAGCAAAAUCGUCUUGUCGUCAGGGGAAAAUCGCGCCCCAGGAGACAAGGGAAGAAAUACGAUGUAACGCAGCAUCAUGCAAUGCGGUGCGCUGCGCUGCGCCGCGAUAUCCUAACACCCACCUGCGGAACAGCAGCGCAAACAUGUGCAUGGGAGCUGCACACCAAGGCUUGGAUGCGAAAAUUGACCACGCAUCCCAAUGGAGCCAGGCAAUGAGGUGUUUCUCUCCUAUCAGUAUAUGUGAUCAUCUGCUUUGA